AUGAGUUUGGAGGAUAAGCUAGCUAAUAUGACGUUGUAUGAUGCUAAGAAGUAUUUUAGAAAAGCUCAGAAUGUCGUUUUUAAUUACACUGAAAUGGAAGGUAAGGUUCGUGAAGCAACGAAUAAUGAGCCCUGGGGGGCAUCUUCUACUCUAAUGGAACAGAUUGCACAGGGUACGUAUAAUUUACGGGAACGUGAGGAGAUUCUUGGGAUGAUCUUCAGAAGGUUUACUGAAAAGGCAGGAUCUGAAUGGAGACAAAUUUAUAAAUCUUUACAACUUUUAGACUAUCUGAUCAGACGUGGAUCAGAAAGGUUUAUUGACGAUGUCAGAAGUAGUAUAAGACUUAUUGAGUUGUUAGAAACGUUCCAUUACAUUGACUCCCAAGGCAGAGAUCAAGGGAUUAAUGUCAGAAACAGAGCUAAAGCCUUAGGCGAGUUACUGAGUGAUGACACAAAGAUACGUCAAGAACGUAAGAAAGCCAGGGAAACAGCUAAGAAAUAUAAAGGUCUUGCGGGAGGCUCUGCCAAUCCGAGGGCAGGUUUUUCAGCAUCUACUUCUCACGGCAUCAGUGUAAGUGCAGAUUUUGAUAGUGAUGAAGAAGAAGUAACGAGACAUGAGGGCUCCGGAUUCCACGACAACGUACAGUCUACCUCAGAAGAGAACGGACAGUGCAAUGAUUUGCUUUUCACGGAAGCCGAUCAGCAAGAAGUAGCAGAACAGGAUGAUGAAGAUGACGAAUUCUCAGAAUUUCAAAGUGCUGCUCCUGUUACGGAAAAAACAACAAUUACACAGUCAUUAUUUGAUUUAGCAUCACCAACAGUAGCUACCACUAGUACUACCACCAGUACUUUUGCGCCAGCUGUCACACACACCGUGAAUGUUGUUCCAGCAAUCGUCACAGAGUCCUCAACUAAAAAGGACGACCCAUUUAGUUCAUUAUUUACAAGUGCCAAGACUUUGAAAUCAGAACCACAAAAGCCAGUUUCACAACAACAACAACAACAACAACAACAACAACAACAACAACAACAACAACAACAACAACAACAACAACAGCAGCAGCAGCAGCAGCAGCCAAAAACCAUCCCACAGCAAUCAACAACCCUGGAUGAGGAAGACGAUAUCUUUGGAGAAUUGACAUCAUCUUCAGCGAAACAAAAUGGAACUCAAAAUGAAGAAAUUGACUUGUUAAGCUUUUGA